UGCCCGAGUUUUAUGGGUCCAGCCCAAUUGCUUUAGCCAGUUGCUGACUUCUUCUUCCCACUUUAUUGUUUAGUGGACUAGUGGUUCUAUCGCAUCUCUGUCAGAAAAUCCGUCGCGCUUCUCAAUCAGCUUUCUCGCCGAUCCACCGCGACCUCCGAUUCCCUUCGCAACCCUACAGCCAAGUAAGUCGAUCGAUUUCUGUUCGCGGCGUUCCCGAUUGCUCAAUCGAACGUUUCUUUUGAUCUAGUUCUUCUUUAGACUUAGGGUUAAGGUCGAUGAUGUUUUCUGGUUGCGGUUUCCGGGAAAGGAGGAUUAGGGUCUGUGAUUCAACUAUUCGAUUUGUUGAUUGAAUCGCAGUUGUAUAUUGGGUUGUUCGCCAUCUUGAUUAGGUUUUUUGUUCGAACGUAAUUUAUCCCAAGUUUUAGGUGUGGCUGAAUUACUAAAAUUGAAAAGGGGAAUGGUUGCUUUGGGUGCAAGAGUCUUUUUCCUUGGGUGCCGAGAGAGGCCCGCAUCAAUUGUAUCUCGUGUUGAUUUCCCAAAUCUGACCCUUUUGGAGCCUUUCCAAUCCGUUUUUCGGCCAUACUGGUGCUUGAAAUGGAUGAUGAUUGAUUCCACAUCCCUUGAUGGGAAUUGGGAAGAGAUUUGUUGUAGAUGAUGCCAUUGAGCAAUAUUCGUUUCUCGACGAUCAGGGAUUAUGUUUCGAUUCUAAGUGCGGUGUAGAUGUCGGAAAAUUUACCGAUAUUAGUGAUGCCAGUCUGCUUGUGUGAGUUAUGAGCUGCACAGUUGUUUCGGUUUCCUCUUUGGCCACUGCCAUAAUAUUGGUUUUUAUAGUUAGCUAACUAUUAGAUUGUGGCCUUGUUGUUGCUGUCGUCCCUGUUUACUGUAUCAUGGAAGCUUGAACCACGAUCUGCACUGCUGAUCUACUUAGGUCGAGUUCAGCGUUUUGUUGGCUAUGUGUGUAUCAUAGAAUGCGAUGUAAUAACUUGCAAGCGUGUGUUGAGUUUGCUUACAUUGUAAACUUGAAUUGCAGAAUGGUUGAGGCAGAAACACCUUUCAGACCAAGGGAGAAGCUUCUUGAGAAGCAGAGGUAUUUCCAGAACAUCCACAAGCAUACUUACUUGAAAGGACCUUUCGACAAGGUCACCUCUGUUGCUAUCCCCAUCGCUCUGGCCGCCAGCUCCCUGUUUCUUAUCGGACGCGGAAUCUACAACAUGUCUCAUGGGAUCGGAAAGAAAGAAUGAAGAUGCAGUGUGUGUUUUUUCUCAGUUCUUGAGGACAUUUAUUUUACUUUCGGCAUGUCAAUGCAUGACUGCUGGCUUUUGAGUUUCUUGUUUAGUGCUGCGCCGCUUAAUAAUUGCAGAUUUGCAGUCAUGUAGCUAUUACCACCAUUCCAGAAGUUUAAUGUUCUUCCCUCUUGAUGGGCACUGUUUUCCCUAAUUCUUCCCUCUUGCUGCCAUCAUUUUCUUUUGGGAUCAUAUAAUUGUUGCUGUUGUUUUGCUUGCCAGAUAGUUCUUUCGUCUUUUGGGAUCAUUUCAUUCCCUUCAAAGUAAAAAAUCAAAUAGCAAAUGCAAGUAAAAAAUCAAAAUAUAUAAAAACAAAUAAUGGUGCAAGUGCUCGUUCAAAACAAAUGAAAAAAAAAAAUUCAAGUAUAAUAAUAACAAAGUAGAACAAUGUGGUGUCUACAAAGCACGCUAAUAAACUAAAGCAAAGCACGAUACCACUAAACACCCAUAGACAUAUUACAAGUAACAAAUUGAGCUUGAUAUAGUUGUCAGAUAGUAAGAGAAUGAGCUUUGAAUGAUUAUGCGAUCACCUUGGAAGUUGAGGGUUUGGUAUUAGUGAGUGAGCUAAGAACCUAGUUUCGGAGUAUAACAAUCAUGUAAUCCCAAAUAACAAAUAACACCUGAAUUCAAUCACAAUCCCAUAAAUACGUGUAUUCAAUAGUAUCAAAUAUCAACAAAUUCGAUACGGUAUUUGGUAUAUCCCAAAUACUGAUAUCAAAUUUUUAGCCUUAAUGAUAUUCUAGUUUGUACCAUGUGAUCGUGAGUAUGUCUUUUUUUUGUUCCAAAAAUAUUAUAGUGGAUACUAUUAUGUAGAACACGAUAACAUAUUAAAUUUGGAAUUAAAAU